UGUUUCUAUACCAAAUUAAAAUUAAACUAUAGAUCAAUCAAAUAAUCAAUCGAAAAAAAAAGUGACUGAACUGUGUUUUGUUUUUCUCUACUAACUUCUCCUUUAAAAGUAGCAAUUAACUCUCCACCUAAAUUCUGUAAUUAUACCUAAACCUCCAAUCAAUGAUCCUUUUACUUAAACUUGUAGAUAUGUUGGUCAAUCAGUAUAAACUUUUAAUCCUUGUCGAACUUAUUCAUCAUACCAAAGGCAAAUGUUUCAUAAUCAAUGCUAUUGUAAAUAAUUUAAUAUUAAUAAUAACUUAUAAGUUAUAACAAUAUGUCAGUGUGUAAUAUGGCUAUUAUGGGCAGUAACAAAGCCUAAAGGUAGUUAUCAACUAAAAUGAGAAUAAAAUAUUAGGUACCUUGGUGACUAUAUUGUAUACCUACAUUUAUUAUGGCAUAGCCGCGUAGUUAUAUGUCCAAACAUAGUAUUAUAUACACAAAUUAAAAUGCGAUAAGAGUCAUAUGACAAAACAUAAGAGAUAUUUUACUGCUAUCGGACUGACUGCGUGAUCUAUACAAUGUCAUAACGAUAUUAUCUAUUUAUCAUGACACGCACAUCUUCUGUAAAUACGAAAUUCGAUAGUGCGCUAAAUGGUAUGUCAGCUUUACGGUUUGUUUAUGCUCGAUGCCGAGUAUCGCGUAGGUAUAAGUACCUGGUAGUUGUAUAAAACAUUGGACUUGUCCAAAUACAGUCAAACACACUCAUCCGAGUUGUAUCGAGAAUAAUAAAAUGUCGAUCAAAAGGAUUUCAGUCAUCCUGGUGGUGACAAUCGUUUCUAAUACGGUCCACUGUACGCCCACACUUGACGUUGUACCGGAUACGCCCAAGCCAAAGACAUCGUUUUCGACGACUUUGCCUGCCUCGAGUGCACACACUCCGCUCAGUGACGAAUUGGUGGAUGUCCUGAAAAACUUCCACUCAUCGUUACCGACCGCAGGACAGAAAACGUCGUCGGCCGCGGAGACAGCGCCAAUUUCACCGCCUUUGGUAAACGAUCGAAUUACGGUUAUGCAUUUUCCCGCUGCACCAACUCUCGGGUCCAACAACGGCGCAACUCCUCACGCAAUGGUCCCGGGUGUGAUCCACGAGCGAAUACCGUUCGGCCCAGACAUGCAGACGCCUGACCACGGCAACAAGCAGAUGGCCGAACCGCUACUACAGUCGCGAGAGUCGGCCGGAACACCUCUUCCGGUUUCCGUUACUCCGCCGACCGCCGAAACCGGCCCUUCGUCUGCUCCUGCGCCGGGCCAACAAUCGUCACCCAUCCCUAUUUCCCCGACAUCCUCUCGUUCCUCCGACCCGGCUCUAACGAAAUUAGAUCCCAUCACUUUGCCACACAACUUCAGCCAAGAACUGACACAACUUUUGACCGAUUUGCGGAUGACUCCAAGUUCACUACAAGCACAGGCUGCGGCUGUGGGCCAAAACCAAAUGAUCCCCGACGGUCCGACCACUCAUCCUGCGGAAACUGCCCCAUUACUUUCUCCCGGUACACCAGCCUCGCCACAGCCCUCCAAAGUCACGCGACCGAUUCUCGGCCCGAAUCAGACGCCGUUAGACUACUUAUUGAGUCCGUCGUUCCCGAUGCACAAGUUGCACCCCUUACCCGAUUAUUCUACACCACUAACCAAUGGGAAUGGCCAACCACCGAACGGUAAACCACGUCCAAACUUAGAGUUUGUAAAAUAUUUACUGACUUUACCACGGUAUCAAGAUGCUUUAAACGAAUUGAUUAAAGCUCAAUCUUCAAUUCCAUCGUGAAUAUUUAAUUCAAACGUACCUAUAAUAUUAUACGAAUGAGUUAAACAUAAAUUAUUAGAUGUAUUAUAUUAUUUAAUCAUUGUAACA